AUGCUGCUACACUGCAACAAACUUGCUGCUAAUGCACACGUUGCUGUUGUUGGUGCUGGUGUUGGAGGCUUAACUUUUGCCUAUUUUCUGAGCAAAUUAAGAUCAGACGUUAAGAUCACUAUUAUAGACGCUGCGGAAAGAACAGGCGGGUGGAUUAAUUCUGCUGUGCUUGAUAGAGGCAUUGACAACACUGCAGUAGUGCUUGAAAAGGGUCCCAGGACGCUGCGUGGAAAAUCUGAGGGAACAACCCUAAUAGUCGAUACACUGCGCACUUUGAACCAUUCUGAUUCAGUGUACUACAUCGAACCAGACUCUGAUGCCAAUCGCAAGUUCUUAUUGGAUACCUCUGAUUUGCUAGUACAAGUGCCCAACUCUUUAAGCUCACUCCGAAGAUUUUUAGCUAGUUCACUGGGAAAAGGUCUUCUUGGCGGUUUGCUGGGAGAACCCUUCAGGAAAAGAAAUUUGAUUACAACUGAAGAUGAAAGUGCUCACAGUUUGAUAACGCGUAGGUUUGGAAGUACCACUGUGAGUGACAACAUAUUUAGCGCGAUAUUUCAUGGUAUUUAUGCGGGGGACAUCAAGCAGCUGAGCGCCAAGAGGACGCUGGCUGCUAUUUACAAAUGGGAACAAGACUAUGGUUCUAUUAUCAAAGGAGCGCUCAAGUCGAGCCCAGGAGGGAAAGGGCGUCCAAUUUUGCCUCAAUCGCUGCUCAAAUACCAGAAGCUUUUCGGUAGAGAUCCUCAAGAACUUAGCGACCUUUACAGUAACCUGCGCAAGCUUCCAUUGCUGGGUUUACGGAAGGGUUUGGAGACCUUUCCCCGGGCCCUUUCUGCAGCUUUACUAGAGAAUCCCAAAGUGCAUUUUUUGAUGGGGAAUGGAGUAUCCCAAAUCGAAGCGGAACAAGAAGGCAAAAUGUGCAUCUCAUUGACUGACGGACGGGUUAUCAAGGGACUGGAUCAUAUCAGGCUCACUAACACGCCGCAAGCCAUCUCUCAAAUUAUAGGUUACAGCAAUUUGCAAAAAUGCCUUCAACGGGUGAAAUCUAAUACAGUUGUGCUGCUUAACUUUUAUCAUCCUAAUAAAGAUUUAAUAAGCAAACAUCAUUCAUUUGGGUACCUUGUGCCACAGUCCAACAAAAAUAGGGAGCAAUUACUGGGCGUAAUAUUCGAUUCCGUGAUAGAAAAUAAUUUCAAGCCCCUACUAGGAGAUAAGCCGUAUCAAAAACAGUCGGGAAGGAAGCUUACCUACACUAAACUAACCGCGAUGGUGGGCGGACACUACUUGAACCACGGCCAGGAAAAGAAGAUUCAGGAUUCGAGUUAUUACACGGAACAGGUGAAAAAAGCACUUAUGAGACACUUGUCGAUACCCGAAGCAGAGUUGGAAUGUGGAGAGUGGCAGGUAACGUUCGCCCGUGACUGUCUUCCACAAUUUUUUGUCGGUUAUGACAAAUGGAUGGCUCAAACGAGUGCUGAUCUUGCCAAAAAAUAUGAAGGGGCUAUCUCACUGGGUGGAAUGGCUUUCAGCAAAGGACCAGGUGUACCGGACGUGGUUAUGGAUGGCUUCGAGGACGCCCAAUCGCUAGCGUUGACCCAUUAA